CCCCCAACUCCUGGGGAGGCCGCCAAAGCCGAGGCAAACUCGUUUGUGGGACACCUAAUUAGCUAGCGGGUCUCCCAGGACCCCUGACCCAGUUGCUGCCUGCGGAGGUGCCCCUGGGAAAGGGGGUUCGUGCGCUCGGCGCCGCCGCUCGGACAGAGGUCAGGGCUGAUAGGGUGGACCCCGGGGGAGGUGCUGGGGGGUGGGGGCUGGUGCGAGGAUUUAGGGGUGACCCCGCCCCCAGGCAAUCCUCCCAUCUGGCCCAGAAGUAGGACACGGCUCCCCCUGCACCCCCCUCCCCGCCUCCGCAGCCUCUCCCACGAGGGGGGACCACGUCAGCCGGGGGGGGGGGGGGGGACGGGGAAGGAGCCGCCGGCCUCAUUUGUAGCAGCUCAGCCGAGCCGAGCGGAAGGGUCUAUGGCGGGCGCCCCGGACCAGGAGGGCUUCUUCGACCUGGUCAGCCACGUGCAGGGCGGCCGCAUGGAGGAGCAGCGAUGCCAGCUGCAGGCCGAGCCGGGCCAGAGCCCCGAGAGCUCCCCCGGAACAGAGCGUGGCCCUGCACCCGAGAUGGACAAUCUCAUGGACAUGUUGGCCAGUACCCAGGGCCGUCGCAUGGACGAUCAGCGCGUGACUAUCAGCGCCCUGCCCGGCUUCCAGCCUGUGGGCCCUAAGGACAAAAUGCAGAAGCGCCCUGGGACCCUGAGCCCCCAACCCCUGCUUGUGCCUCAGGACCCGAUGGCACUCAGCUUCCGUCGAAACAGCAGUCCCCAGCCCCAGACCCAAGGCCCCUGAAGGGCCUGAGGAAGCUGGGCGGGCCCCGUCCCCCCCAACCGGCUUCUCCUACAGGCAGAUAAUAAAGGACGGCUUGAGGACAAGGAAC